AUGGCUGCUCCUUCUCCCAGGUUGCUGUUGCUCGCGGUGGCCUUGGUCACCUGCCUCGCUCUCCAGCGGGGAGAGGCCUCCGGCCUGAGGAGACUGGGCUUUGCGGCAGAGUGGAGCCGACGGACUCUGCAUGGCGCCGACGCCGUCGUCCUCAUGGUGGCGCCACCGCCGGCGGCAUCGCCGGCGCCGGCGGGACUCUCCUUCGACCUCGAUCACGCCUGCAAGAGAAGGGUCCGACGAGGGUCGGACCCCAUCCACAACCGGUGCUGA